UGAUUUUCGGCGCUAAGAGAUGCAUUUCCGUAAAUUCCAUGGUAACGCAUCUUUUUACCGUAAUAAUGAUCAUACGUGUUCUCUGAGUUUUCCGCAAAAACAAAACUGUCCCAAAGUAAAUCUUUUCCAUUGAUUUGGCAGAACAUUAACAUUUCUACUUUGAAACUUAAAGGGUUGUUUUAUUCGGAUUAAACGAUUAAAUAUAACAAUUUUAAUUUGCAAGAAUCUCACAUCCUGCCGCACUAAAGAUUACGGUAACCUCCAAUACAGCGAGGUCGUCACCGCCACCCAGCGGCGGAAGGGAGUUUGAAUGACUGCGAGGUGAUCAAAGGUAAUAACUGGAGACUUUGAGUGUAGCGCACUGCAGGUUUUAGUUUCCUGCUCUUAAGACAUUGCUCUAAAACGGGGCGUAUGUACUCAGCUUAAUUCACUGUGGGUUACCUGGCUGGUCAUGUCUAAGUGGCUGUGUGACGAUGAAGUGCUGGUGGGUCAAGGCAGUGGUGAGGCAGUACAAGUGAGCCCCAGAUUGCGGACUCUGCCACCUGGGAGCCCCAGAUCAAGCCAUGGGCGUAGUCCACUGACUUCACCCCGCAAUAGGGAGCCAGUGCCACUGAGCCCACAGGAAAAGACCAUGGGCAAGGCCAAACAGCUGUUUCUGCUGUGUGACAAAGAGGGAAAAGGGUUCAUCACAAAGCAGGACAUGCAGAGGCUACAGUGGGAGUUGCCACUGUCCCCUGAACAGCUGGAAACAGUGUUUGAUAGUCUGGACAGAGAGAGCAAUGGAUACCUUACUCCUGUGGAGUUCAACACAGGGCUUGGUGAGCUGGUGGGGCUGGAGGAGAUGGAUCAGGAUGAAGUGGAAGAAGAUUUGGACGAGGUGGAGUGUUCCCAGGACCCCAGUGCUGUCAGUUUUGUAAACAUACUAAUGGAGCUUGGUGCUGACAAACUUUUCAAAGAUCAGCAGGAGCUCUGUGCACUGUGGUGUGAACUCCAGAGAGACAGACCAGAGAUGCUGAGUUUCCUGGAGGGCAUCUUGGUCCAUGCAGUAUCCCAUUUACAAGACACCAUCAAAGAAAGAGACAAUCUGGAACAAGCUCUGCGCAGACGAGAGAGCGAGCAUGAUCACGUUGUUCGGUCUAUAUAUGAGGAAAUGGAAAGUCAAAUCAGAGAGGAGAAGGAGAAGCUCCUGGCUCAGGACAGUAUUAAACAGAAGGAGAACGGGCAAAAACUUGAGGAGGAGCUGAGGAUGCGGGACCAGGAGUUGGAGAAUACACUGAGAAAACAGAAAGAGCUCGAGGCCCGAAUGCGGCAGCUGAGCCGUGAGCAAGCAAACAUCAGGGAGCAGAACCAGCAGCUUCAGAGCAUCAACAUGCAGUUACAGGAGCAGGUGGACAGCAGCAGAGAGCAGCUGCAGGCUGCACUGAGUCAGCUGAACAUGCUGCAGAUCAGUGCUGAACAAGAACAAGUGGACAAACAGAGAAAUGUGAUGAAGGUGUCAAGAAACAUGAAGAAGGAGAAAGAGAGUCUUUUGAGACAACUGGAGAUAUUGAGGGAUAUGAACAAAAGGCUGCGAGAUGAGAAAGACGCCCAACAAUCUCAGAAGAGGACUCGAAAUGUCACACAGCCUUUGCAGAAGAGGGGUUCAAUCAUAGGUAACUACUUACUGCAAGACAAACCAGUGAAAAGACAGCUGAGCUCUGCUGAUGAGUUGGAUCAGGACAAAAAGGCAGAGCUGACAAAUUCCUCCAAGAGACACCAACGAUCAUGUAGAGUCAGUUGUGAAAAUGUUGAACAGACUCAAACUCAGAGCAAAACUGUCAGUCCUCAGCAAGUGUUCAAGGUCGUAUUUCUGGGUAACUCAGGGGUGGGUAAGAGUGCCUUCAUCCAGUAUUACUGCACAGCAUGCGUCGACAGUAAAAUCAGCACUACUGUUGGUAUAGAUUUUAAAAUGAAGACUUUAAUUUUGGACUCCACCACCAUCAUCCUUCAACUCUGGGACACCGCAGGGCAGGAGAGGUUUCGUAGCAUCACUGAACAAUACUACAGAAAGGCUGACGGUAUUCUAGCCAUGUAUGACAUAACUCACUCCGCCUCCUUCACCGCAGUGAGAGGAUGGAUGGACUCUGUUAGGGAGAAGAUGUGUGAAGGCGCUGUGCUGAUGCUGCUGGGGAACAAGCUGGACUUAGCAGGCAAUCAGUGCAGACAAGUGACAACAGAAGAGGGGCAGAGGCUGGCAGAGCAACAUCAAGCUUUGUUUUAUGAGUGUAGCGCCAUGACCGGAUGUAACGUGGAGGAGCUGAUGAAUCACCUGGCAGGGAUGUUGGUAACCCAGCAUGAGCGACAACGUGAAGAUGUACUUUUACUGACUGAGGCCACGCCUAAAAGAAGCUGCUGUACAUAAACAGAGGACAGGCUUUUUGGAAAGACUGAAACCCCCCCAGGUGUCCCGUCUAUGGUUCAGUGAAGCAGUGUUGUAACAGAUCAUCGAGUCCUGAUGUCACUUAGGCAUUUUUCUAUGAACAGGUGUACUGAAUA